AUGACACAAACCGUUAACAUCGAGGGGAACGGUAUGUCCAUUCCGGGCGAGAAAUACAAGGAGCGAUGGGUGAACCCGUCCAUCAGAGACGGCCUACUCUUUCUGUUAUCGAUGUCUGUUGUCUUGCAAUCGUUUCUAAUUCUGUACACAAUCUGUAAAUUAAUAUCCUUUUUGUACGACAAAUACUGGCCACCGAUGGUCGACCCGUUGUAUGACUCGGACAAUGAUAACUCGGAUACGACUUCCGACUCAGACCUGUUCACAAUCAUUACGGAUCUAAUCAUAGAAGUUCUGAAGCUAUUGAUACUAGUGGUGGGUGUGUUCAGUAUCAUCGAUGUGGUGGAGGGUCUCAUAGGGGUAGUGGUGUUCUGUCUGUUCCACACGUUUGCACUCUUUUGUGGGGUUAUGUCAACGCCUAUACUCUUCAGUCGACACCAAAUCGGGAAAACAGUUUGUGUCCACACGUGUCAGACACCACUCGCACAACCACUCCAUCCGAAGAGUACAUCUCUAUCACCGGACAGUCAACGCAUAAUGUCUUCACGAGAGGGCGGUAAGAAGAAGCCAUUGAAGGCCCCGAAGAAGGAAAAGGGAGAGAUGGAUGAGUCGGACGUGGAGUUCAAGAAAAAACAACAGGAGGAGCAGAAGAAGCUCAAGGAAAUGGCCGCCAAAGCCGGACAAAAGGGUCCACUCGUCGGCGGCGGCAUCAAGAAGUCCGGCAAAAAGUAGGCCAUCCGAUGGACACACAUCACCGCCAUCUACGGUGUCCAUCAACUCUUGAUUAUCAUAUGAUUUUGAAUGAGUUUUUUAUUACAAUUAAUCGGUUUUUUGUCUAAAAAUUUGUUUAUAUUUUAUCGUAAAUCCGGUUUCAGUGUCCACUCGUACCGGUGGACACCACCACCAUCUGCGGUGUCCAUCAGUUUAAUUAUCACACAAAUUGUUUCAGUCAAACGUCUUAUUCACAU